AUGAAGUGCUUCAAAGAUCUGAACGAAAAACACGUUAAAAUCCUAAAAGAGGUGGAAAAGAACGCCAGAAACGUAAAACAGGAUGUUUAUUUGCGCGAUUUGCUGAAGGAAAGAAUGAUAAUAUACGACAAGAAGUAUGUUCUAACAUACAAGGGAUACGAUCACUUGGCACUAGCACAUUUCAAGAAAAAAGGACUGUCCCGGAUUGUUGACCAGAUCGACAUCGGAAAAGAAAGCGACAUCUAUCUGGGCGAGAUGAAUGGUUCGCUUGUGGCUGUCAAAAUGUAUCGAAUCGGUCGGACAUCGUACCGGAAAACAGAAAACCGGGACAAUAUAAAGAUGGACAUGUACAAGCGUAGUAUGAUGUACUGCCAGAGAGAGUACAAGAUAUUAAGAUCGUUGACAAGCGAGAACAUCGCUGUACCUGUGGGCUGCAAUAGACACGUUUUGAUCACACGGUACUAUGACUGCAAGCCGUUGGUGAAAACUCGAUUGGAUGACCUUGAUUAUUUUUACAACAAGCUAAUGGACUUGGUAGUUGAACUAUAUUCAAUGGGAUAUGUGCACGGUGAUUUUAAUGAGUACAAUGUGCUGAUAAAAGAGAAGCAAAUAAUUAUGGUGGAUUUUCCUCAGUGUAUACCCGUUACUGAUCCACGAGCUGGCGAAUACCUGCGAAGGGAUGUUCAGUGCGUAAAGGAGUAUUUUGAACGAAAGUACAGGUACGUGAACGAGCGAGAUGCGGUGAAUGAAAUUGCUGCCGGCCGUGACUGAUAGAGGAGGGUAUUUCACAGAUAGAAACAUCCAAUGCAAACAAAACCGUGCGUUUGAAACGAGGAACUCCCGUGGUAUUAAAAACUUUUU